UUGAACUAAAAACAGUGCAAAAAUUAUUACAAAUUGAAUUUCAAAAUAUUAAACUACAGACGAAGAGUUCUUGGAUAGGCAUGUAUAUAUCAUGUAUUCUAUAGAGAAUUGAUGUAGGGAACACCGCAGACUUGGGUCACCUGUUGUGAAUGGUUGUGGAGCUUGGAGCCGAAGAGAUCUUUUCGGCGGGACUCUAUGAGGCAUGGAGGACGGGAAGAAUGGCUAAGAUACACAGCUUUCUCCUUGUUGUUAUUUGCCUGAUUUUGCUGUCAGAUCUACUAGAAUGUAGGGACUUCGAUUACAAGCGUUACCCAUUCAGAAAAAAGCAACGACAUGUGAGUAAUGUGUCUAGAGGGACACACAGAAGUAAACGACAUGCAAGAAGAUACAUAAAUCUUGAAGAGGACUGUGCUAGAGGACCAUGUGCAAGGCUAUCUGGACUAGAGCAGAUCAAAUGCUCACGGAAGUGUGUGUCUCCUGCCUGCUAUAAAGAGUUGUAUGAAUGGGAUGAGUUGGAGGAAGGAGAGAUAGACGUCAGAUUGGAUUCCUUUAAAGGUUGUGUGGUGGCUGAAAUUCAAGACAAAGAAGGGUUCUAGGCCUAAGCCUUACAAGCUAAGUUAUAACUGGCUUAAUCCCUACAAGAUUGAGAUAACUAAGUCAAGAAGGGCUCUAGGCCUAACCUCUACAAGCUACUCUAAGUUAUAACUAACUCAAGAAGGACUCUAGGCCUAACCUCUACAAGCUACUCUAAGUUAUAACUAACUCAAGAAGGGCUCUAGUCCUAACCCCUACACGCUACUCUAAGUUAUAACUAACUCAAGAAAGACUCUAGGCCUAACCUCUACAAGCUACUCUAAUUUAUAACUAACUCAAGAAGGACUUAAGGCCUAACCUCUACAAGCUACUCUAAGUUAUAACUAACUCAAGAAGGGCUCUAGGCCUAACCUCUACAAGCUACUCUAAGUUAUAACUAACUCAAGAAGGACUCUAGGCCUAACCUCUACAAGCUACUCUAAGUUAUAACUAACUCAAGAAGGGCUCUAGUCCUAACCCCUACACGCUACUCUAAGUUAUAACUAACUCAAGAAAGACUCUAGGCCUAACCUCUACAAGCUACUCUAAUUUAUAACUAACUCAAGAAGGACUUAAGGCCUAACCUCUACAAGCUACUCUAAGUUAUAACUAACUCAAGAAGGGCUCUAGGCCUAACCUCUACAAGCUACUCUAAGUUAUAACUAACUCAAGAAGGACUCUAGGCCUAACCUCUACAAGCUACUCUAAGUUAUAACUAACUCAAGAAGGGCUCUAGUCCUAACCCCUACACGCUACUCUAAGUUAUAACUAACUCAAGAAAGACUCUAGGCCUAACCUCUACAAGCUACUCUAAUUUAUAACUAACUCAAGAAGGACUUAAGGCCUAACCUCUACAAGCUACUCUAAGUUAUAACUAACUCAAGAAGGGCUCUAGGCCUAACCUCUACAAGCUACUCUAAGUUAUAACUAACUCAAGAAGGACUCUAGGCCUAACCUCUACAAGCUACUCUAAGUUAUAACUAACUCAAGAAGGGCUCUAGGCCUAACCUCUACAAGCUACUCUAAGUUAUAACUAACUCAAGAAGGACUUAAGGCCUAACCUCUACAAGCUACUCUAAGUUAUAACUAACUCAAGAAGGGCUCUAGGCCUAACCUCUACAAGCUACUCUAAGUUAUAACUAACUCAAGAAGGACUUAAGGCCUAACCUCUACAAGCUACUCUAAGUUAUAACUAACUCAAGAAGGGCUCUAGGCCUAACCUCUACAAGCUACUCUAAGUUAUAACUAACUCAAGAAGGGCUCUAGGCCUAACCUCUACAAGCUACUCUAAGUUAUAACUAACUCAAGAAGGACUCUAGGCCUAACCUCUACAUACUACUCUAAGUUAUAACUAACUCAAGAAGGACUUAAGGCCUAACCUCUACAAGCUACUCUUAGUUAUAACUAACUCAAGAAGGACUCUAGGCCUAACCUCUACAUACUACUCUAAGUUAUAACUAACUCAAGAAGGACUUAAGGCCUAACCUCUACAAGCUACUCUUAGUUAUAACUAACUCAAGAAGGACUCUAGGCCUAACCUCUACAAGCUACUCUUAGUUAUAUGGUAUAACAUAACAAGUCAGAGCAAAUGAGGUCUGCAUAACCUACUUGUAAUGUGUCAGUGGGACAUGGAUUUUGAUCACGAUAAAGUUACUACAGUAUAUGAAUUGCAAACUGAAACUGCAUGUUCUAUCUCGUCUCACCGUAUAAAUCAAUAUGACUCUGGUCAAUUAUGUCAAGUUAGGCUGAUGAGGUGACAAUGAAAAAUUGAGGGGGUAGUUUAUAUAUAAAAAAAAUCCUAAGUAUGGAAAUUCUCGUUCUUAAAUUUGAUUGUUUAUUAUCGACUUUCAAAUUUGUCAUCGCGCGAAAAUUCUAUAGUCUGAAAUAAGAACGUGCGAAAGUUCAAGGAAGCAUGUGUGAAAAUAUAUGCAUGUGGAAGUUUACAAGUCUGCAGUUGAAAAGAAAACCAGCUUUCGUUGCCUAUGCGCAACCAAAUGGUUGUUUUUGUGCCUGAGAAUAUUUUUCCAUGACACAACGCCUGUUUACGAAGUGGUCAAUUCUCCUAAGAUGUUAACACCUGUACUUAUGUUUUUUAACUAUACAAAAUGUUUGUAUAGGUAGUUUGUAAAUAUUUUUUUUACUUUUUGUCAGCAUUGUAUAUUUUACCAGGGACGUGAGCCAAUUCACUAAUGAUGAUGAAACAAACUAAUUGUAUAGAGAUAAUUUUUCCAAAGCCUCAGGAGAUUUCGAUAAAAGAAUCAAAGCAUAUCAACCAUUAGUGUGAUUUAUUUACUUGUUUACAUGUUUUUACAGACCGUUGUCAAAGCUUAAUCUAUUGUUUGCGCUGUAAAUAAGCAGGAAAUCAUUUAAUUUCCUUUUAUAACUAAUUUCUGCCUUACAUUUUUUAUACACACCUAAAUAUCUAAUUACAAAACUUAAAUACUUCAUGUGCGGUGAAGUGGGUAUCAAGUAGAAUAGUGCGAAUUAAUGUUACGCGAGUUGCUCGGACAACCAAAUGGUUGUUUUCUGUGCCUGAGAAUAUUUUUUCCACGACACAACGCCUGUUUAAAAAGUGGUCAAUUCCCUCAGAGGUUAACACCUGUAUUUUUUUUUUUUUUUAAUAUACAAAAUGUUUGUAUAGGUAGUUUGGGAAUAUUUAUUUUACUUUUUGUCAGCAUUGUAUAUUUUACAAUGUAUAGUUUAAAGUAUAUAUUUUUUUAUUAUUUAACUAAAGUCCGAACUUUCGCGAAAUUCUCGGAACGUAUGUUCCACUUUUUGAUUGGUUCAUGUUUCGCGCCAUUUUGUACCCGGAAUGUGUUCGUGGAUUGUGCUUGUUAUCUAGCCCGAGGGUGACAUUCUAUUGCGUCACGAGACUUUAUGCUGCUUUGUGGAUGUUUCGUCUGACCUUUCCGUCACAUUCCGCAACCUUGGAUAGCAAAACACUUCGGAAAUAUACUCCGAUUCCGUGCAAGUCUGCCACAGGGAAUCCACAGUUAUCAUACAAACAUGAAUUCCUUCACUGAUUGUUGACAAAAUUAGAUUUGUUUGUUCCGGUAAAUGUCUUGAGAUAUUGCCAAGAACUCGCUAUUUCAUACCUGGCAUAUGUUUCUCUUCUACUAAACCCUCCUUCACUUGUGAAUGAUAUUUUCCCUAACAUUAAGUUCUUUCGAGGGUAUUGUUUUCCAAUUCUUGUAAUUCUAACACGAGAAGUCUAGGGUGUCAAUAAAGUUCCCUCAUUUCUCUUCCUCGUCUUCCUCGUAUAUUACAUUUUUACACAUUGACGAUGAGCGAGACUUGUUACCGAUUGAAUCAUCUGAUCCCAGGCUAUGUGCAGACUUUGGAAGGUUUCGUACCGGCCGCACAUUGCUAGCUAUGUAUGCCACAGAUGGCACUGAUUUGGAUCUUUGUUGCCUCGACUGCGUCGGACAAUCCGCGUGUGUAACAGUAAAACUACCAAAGUCUAAGCUUGCCUUUUUGGCGCCCAUACUGAAAGAUGUCUUAUCCACCGGAACGCUUUUCCGCCUCUCAUAGUUUACACCAGGCUGGUUCACAACCGUGAUCUUAGUUUCCAUUAAAAAGCUACUUCACAUGGAUGUUCACAAGUCCUUUCUGUGUGUUUUGAUGCUGUUCUUACGUGGAUGUUUGACAAGUGUAAUCCCUGGAGAUUACUCUCCCAGUUCUACGUAGAUUGUUUACAAAGGACUGUUUACAAGCCACCGAGCAUGGGGCCUCUGAGCUCACAAGGGAUUAGCACAACACAAAGCGAAGGGUAGGCACCUUUUGUGACCUUUUCGCCUGAAACCUGUUAGACCGGUAACUUUAACCUGUUUACAAUAUAUUGUGUGCUGAAGUGUUAUUUUGUCAAGUUAAUUUCUACAAUUAGUGUACUCCCUAAAAUAUAUUUUAAAGGUCUGAAUAAGCACCCUGGAAAAAAACGCCAUUUGACAAUGUAAAAUGGGCACGGCAUCACCGUUUCAUCGUCCUUUCCAUAGUUUCCUAGCUGGAUUCGAACCAAUAAUUUCUUGAAACAGAGCCGAGCACCUGGUUAUGCUAGAGCUUAUCUUUCGGCAAUUUUUCUAGUUAUACCUAGAGUUUAUUUUGAAAAUGAAUAUUAUCAGUCAUCCAGAUACUUUGUUAAUAACAGAAAUAUAACGCGAUUUCUGGAAUUUUGAUAUUACAUGAAAUUAGACGUUUCGGUCGAGGAAAUAUUAAAUGAACUAGAGAUUUAAGUUGUAUCUAUGCGGUGAGCCUCUUUGAACACAGUAUUACUUUCCCGUUGCUAGCAUUAGCCCUUAGUCUGAUAGUAGUGUCCUAAUACACCUGUGAUACGCCGGUCAUAAUCGCGAGCCCGCUGGACAGCAUUAUCCCACGCAACAGAAGACAGCACCAGACUGAGGUUCCUCCAAGUAAGAGUAGACGCAUGAAGGAUGAGCCCAGCAUUUUACCCCCUUUCCGCCGACUCGGUGUAUCUAGCAACCCUAAACCCUAAGUCAUUGCUCGGUUUCAGCUAAUUCGAACAAGUUCGUACUAUUGCGUGCGGUUGAUACCAUGCUAUUUCUAUUGCGUGCGGUUGAUACCAUGCUAUAUCUAUUGCGUGCGGUUGAUACCAUGCUAUAUCUAUUGCAGUGCCAUACCUCCAACCCAUCAUACCCCCCACCCCACCCCACGCACACAAACAUACACACAUAUCCUGGAUCAGCUACUAGGGAUGAUCAUAAACUUCAGUUAUAAGAAUGGCGCUUUGUGUCCGUCAAAGGAAAAAUCAUUAAGGUUACUAUUAUAAUGUUAUAUGUAAAUCGAAAGAAUAAUGGAACUCCUCGACUUUUAUAGACUUGUCCUUUUAAUAACAAAUUCACUGUACAGGAAACCUUUCUAAAAAGGACACCCUCGGGACUGAGAAAUGUGUCAAUAUUUAUUACAAAUUCACUGUUUAGGAACCUUCAAUGCAAAGGAUACCAUGAACUGUAAUGUACUGUACUGUAAUUUAAGCGAAAGUAAAACCAUUUGAACUAAAAGGAAAUACAUUAACGAACUUUGCAUAAUUGAGAGCACACAAUUGCAUUUACACUAUCCGACAACCAGGAAUGAAAAAUCCAUUUUCAUUUGCGCGUUGGUACAUAACAAUAGCACAAAUAAAAUAUCAAUAAUACGAGGACUCGCAAUCAAUAGUAUCAAUAGUAUGCCCUUAUAAUGCACAUACAGUCAAAAUAAAUGAUACUAGCGCUAAAAAAUUAAUAUUCGAUCAUUUCGCCGUUUUAACCCGGGCCCAAAUACAGAAACAAAAAUGUUGCCGCCCUACAGUCCGUUUCUUAACCCUGGAAGCGCUUCAACGAAACAUCAACACCAUCACACUGCCAAAAUGUGCCGAAUGGUAUAGGUUCAUGCAAACCUAUCUACAACGCUGCCUCAACGGCGAAAUGAUCGAAGGGUGAUUUUUGAGAACUAGUAUCAUUUAUUUUGCAUGUAUGUGCAUCAUUAGGGCACAAAUAAACGAUAAGUAAUUAAAUAAUUAUUUUAGGAUAUUGUUUGUCAUAAAGGGCUUAUUGUUUGUACGGAGGCGCUAACGUUUGUAAGAAGCAUGCAAAUGACUUUCACAAAAUACUAUUGUUUGCACUUGCUGUAAUAAAAAUGUUAAUGAAUA